AUUAUCAUUCAGUCAUUUGUUGCCGAUCGCGCCGUAUAAUUCAUUGAUUCACAAUGAAGCGAGUCAUUUUGUUGGUUGCACUGAUUGCAGUGCAUGGCAUUCAGUGUCGCAGCAUUUCGUUACCACUCACAUCGUCCGACGAACAAAGUGAACACUUUGGUAACGUACUGAAACGGGAAAAGAAAUCAACACCGGAAAAUCCCUCCGUAUAUGAGCAACAAAUUAGCGCACAAAACCCACUGUUGCCGUCGCUCAUUGAGAAACAUAGAUCAUUACCAGCCGCACCAGUUUACUCAGGUAAUAACGACUAUCAGGUUUUCAAUUUGAACACUACAUUAUAAUUUAAUUUAGCUAUAAACUUUAUGAUCUUCUCUGAAUAUCAUUUAUGUAGGUGCCGGUUUGCCUGUUCCUGGUUCAAUCUACCCAGCUCCGAAUUAUCCACAUGCAGGUCAGCAGCAUCAUCAUCACAACCAUCACCACCACCAUGCACAUCAUCCAUAUGGCAUUAAUGGUCAACCAGACGCAAUCCCAUCACUUUAUCCGGCUCAUCCAAAGCCACUUCCGUUGCCAGCUUUCCCAAAGCCUGGAGAAGUGAUCAAAAAAUUUCGGUCAAUGUUUGAUGAGGAUGAUGAUGUCGAGGUGAUCGAUGAAAAUGGAACACAGCCGCCAUCGUCGUUUGGAGGUGAACUACAACCGUCACCGAGAACGUAUUAUCCGCCUGUCCCAUCACAAUAUCCACUUCCACAGUACCUUCCACAGCAAUAUCCACAAUACGUGCCGAGGUAUGAGCAGCCACCAAAACACGAGGCACCACCAAAAUACGAGCCAACACCCAAGUACGAACCGAAGCCAAUUUAUGAAAAUCCAGCCGCUGCUGUUCCAAAAUACGUGCCACAAUACCGGCCACCACAGUAUUCGUCAGCGCCAUGCGGUUCCAACUUGCUCAUCGGUUGUCAACCGCGCGUGCAGGCGGUGCCAUGCUAUCCUCCGUCAUCGUAUAGUGCGCCACCUGCACAUAGUCAGAGCUACAAGCCACCAAAUCCGACGGGAUAUCCUCCUGUUCCUCUUGUUAAACCUGCUGCUGCUGUCUAUUUACAACCUGGUCCACCCUACCCUGAACCUGUUACAUUAUCCGCUUCCAAUGCACGAAACCAAGUACAAACGGAAAACACGGAAAAUACAUCGCCGAUUGAGCAACGACAAGACAGCGAACCCGAAUCAAGUAACAUUGAACGGAAGACGAAUGAGAGUGACCAUGAGGCUGAGGAUCUAGUUGGUACAGCAAACGUUUAUCCAAAAACAGACGCAACAACCGAACCACCAACAACAACCACUACCAUGACAACGACGACGACGACCACCACAGCACCAGCACCAGCAACAACGACAACGCUGAAACCAUCUACUGAAGAGCAAAUCCGAAGAUUGCAUGAAAAACUCGACAAUCAUUUGGAAGAUAUUAAAAGAUUGAAAGAGGAUUCAGGAAAGAGACUGAGAGCAGCGAUCGAACGAUCGAAUUCUCGAUCGGCUGUAGAUGAAUUUGAGGAUAUGGCGAACAUUUUCGAUGAAUCGGCGCCGUUUGCAAAACGACAUUCGUUGAAUCGUGACUUGGCUGACAACACAGUUUGGUAGUUUGAACCCCGUGCGUCGCCAAUUUAAAUGAUCGGUUCCGUUUCUCACGACAAUUUACGGAAAUUGCUCCACAUUUCAGCAUUCAUUUUGAUAUUUCCUUUAUUUGUUGUUUUGUUUCUAUUUAUUUACUUAUUUAUUAUUAAUAAACAUGAAAUCAUCAGUAUUUAAAUCGUUAAAUGAAA